AUGGUUCACUUGUGCGUGUCCAUUUCAAAUGAUGGUCUCAGGCUCGAGUCUGUACAGAAAGGAUCACCAGAGACAUUGCGAAGUAAGGAAAAAAAGGCAAAUGAUAUGGCUACCCUGCGGCGCCAACCAGGAUCAAGAACAUCAUCAACACGGCAGGAUCGCGGCUCCUGCUCUUCCACCGCUUCCUGCCCUGUCUUCUCUGGACCAUACAGCGACCAGGAAGAAGACCCACCCCUGCGCCUACGCCGCCAGUCUUCUCCUCUGCUCCAAGGAUCUCUUUCCAGUCUACAAAACUCCACCAGCCCGAGCCCUAAAGGUUCUCUUUCCAGCCUUGAGGGGUCUGUUUCCAGCCUCAAUGAUUCAUUGCCUUGUGUUGAAAGAUCUAUGCCCAGUUUUCAGGGCUCUUUAUCCAACCUGAGGGGAUCGAUCUCAAAGUUAAAGAAGCGGUCACUGAGCAUCCUGGAUAACUUGAGCCCUAGCCCCAGUGAGAGGAGCAUCAGUCCCAGCCUGCAGAGUGGAAAUGCCAGCUCCAGCGACGAUGACGGCAGCUGGGACACUAACAGCUGGAGUUCUGGGGCUACUUGUUUGCUACGGACACCUGCCAAACCAGCCAACAAAGAGGCAUCACAGGACUCGAGUGAACAGCCUGCCAAUGUCGAUAAAGUAUCUACCUCUUCCAAAGCAAAACCUGAGAUCAUUUACCAGAAUCUUAUCUUCUCACGUCCUGCUGCCAAAACUGAAAGCAAAGGAGGUUGUGCUCCCAAAACUCCAACACUGCUGAGGAAAGACAGGGCAACCCCAAACAUUUCCUCACCCAGCCUGAGCAAGAAUACCUCCACAAUAUUACCCCACCAGCGAGACGAGAAGACCGAAGACAAGCGCAAGUUCUCGCAAUUUUUGAAUGAGGUGACUGGUAGGGUGUUGAAGUCAAAUGGUGGUCCUCUUCAGCAGCAGUCCACUCUUAGACAUCGCUACCCGUCUCCUCCACCACCGCCGCCCUCAACCCCAUCUAGCUCAUCUCAUCCAUCUCUAACAACAACCCUACAUUCAACACCAUCAAAUCCACAACUGCCACCAUCUCUAGCAGCAUCAAACAUGUGGUUCAACCCAAACCUCCUUACCAUCCGGGGGUACGAUCCAAAGAACAUCGCUAACUCCCUCUACCAGUGGAGCAAGACAUUACCCAGCUGUAAGAUCCUGGAGCCCGAGGAUGUGUUACGGAAUAUUAAAGGGGAAAGUCACUCUUACCCUGAGCAGAACCUAGAGCAGUGCACAAAGAUUCAGGCGCAGCCCUCCACUGGGAGACUUUAUCUAGAGACAGACAUUGACCGAGUUAGGCGGCUUGAUGAACUGGUGGCUAAUGGCACCCUGGGGAAAGAAAGGAUGGAAAAAGGAUUGGAGAAAGAGGGAAAAGGAGAGAAGGAGAGAGGGAGAGAGAGGGAAAACAGGAUUCCGUGGGAGAGAAAUGGAGGCCUGGGGAUGGAGAAAGGUAAGGAAAGGGAGAAGAGGAAAGUGAGCCCCUGGGAUAGAGACAGGGGAACAGAGAAAGGGAAGGCAAAGGAUAAAGGAAGCGAAAGACCUUGCUGGGAGAAAGACAGAAGGCCAGAGAGAGGGAGGGGGAAGGAGAAGCAAGCAGUACCAACCAGAUAUGAGCCCUCUCUUCCUCCAGCAACUUCCAGUGGACGAAGUAACCCUUGCCCUGUCUUCAGCUGGCCAGAAGGGUUUCCCAGAAUGUCCUACAGGUCCACCUCACUACCCAGACCUGUAAAUAUCAAUGUAAGUAACACUACAUUUACAGACUAUUGUUAUUAACAAAAACAGAAAACCUCUGCAUGUUGAGCACGGCUGAAAGUUUAACUGAACUUACUUAAAAUUCAAGAUAUCUAUCAUAGUUGGAUUUAUCUUUUCAGGUGUCCCAACGACAUAGCGAUGGAAAAUUACAAACAUUUCUCUCCAAGCAGUGUCCAGAUUUGAACAAACCAGUCAGAAGACUGAAAUGUUGGCUCAGCAAUCCUUAACAACUAUUUUUUUUACUUUCAAAUGUAACCUACCACAUUAUACAGGUCCAGGUUAAGAAGUCUGUGAAAUGAACUUUAAUGGUUAUGCUUAGUGGGGGCACAAUCAUAUUUUUUUUUCAAGAGGAAAAGGCUCUGUUAUGAAAUGGAAGUGUAGUCUUAAAUUAGUCGAGUGUUUGGCUCAUUCUCAUUUUGAAAGUACAAAUAUAAAUGCACCUAUUGUAAUGCAGGGAUCUAAAUGUAGCGUGGCACAGUUCCUGUUAAUACUUGGCAGUAUUUGCAGUGGACUUCCUAAGCUGUUUGCGCCUCGUACGUUUUGCUCUCAGCACCUCGUUUGGCAGCAGAAGGGUGUAAACUACCAUCUGCUACGUUUCUAUUGUUUAAAUUUAAGAGCCAGCUGCUGCUUUUUACCUGUGAAGAGAAGGAGCAGACCUGCGUUUACCAAGAAUAA